AUGAUGAAAGAGCUCGGGUUGAAACCAUAUCGUCCUCAAUUAUUGCAUGCCUUAAGCGAGGAUGAUCCCGACAGGCGUUGUGAAUUUGCUGAUGUCUUUCUUCAGUUAGCCGCUGAUGAUUCUUCGUUUCCUGAUCGAAUACUUUGGACUGACGAAGCUAUUUUCAAGCUAAAUGGACAUGUUAAUCGACAUAAUUGCGUCUACUACGCUGUUGAGAACCCUCACAUCGUCAUUACUAAAGAAAUAAAUGCUCCCGGUAUUACUGUAUGGGCUGGCAUUUGGUCUGGAGGUCUUAUUGGACCGUUCUUUUUUCAUGAUUCCGUUACUGCAAACAGUUUUCUCGAAAUGUUAAAGAAAGAAAUUAUUCCUGCUAUUAAAUCUCGAAUGAAUUUACAAGAAAUGUUCUACAUGCAUGAUGGAGCUCCAUCUCAUUAUGCUCAACCUGUUCGACACUUCUUAGAUAAAACUUUUCGUAAUCGGUGGAUUGGUCGGCGAGGAGCAAUUGAAUGGCCAGCACGAUCUCCGGAUCUCAUUCCAACAGACUUUUUUUUAUGGGGCGUAAUCAAAGAUUAUGUGUAUGCGAAAAAACCUCAAAACCUUCAAGCACUUAAGAAUGCUAUUGUUACAGAAAUGCAAAGCCUGCCAGCUGAAUUAUGUCGAAAAGCUUGUCAAACAGUACCUUACAGACUUCAACUCUGUAAAGAUAAUGAGGGAGAGCAUAUUGAACAAUAUCUCUGA